AUUGGUUGCAAGCAGCGUCUGUCUUGGUGAUGUCGACUAAAAAUACCCGUGAAGAUUAGUGUGGACUGCUGUUGUCUCGAGGAGCCGGGGGUUGGCGUGGGCUUUGCGUUUUGCUGCAUUUUGAAGAAGCCCCUUCCUUAUUCGGGGAGCAAACGGGUUUCUGUGAUGCACAUGAAGCACGCCUGAAAAACCAUGAAAUACUUGUCCCUUGCAGCCUUUGCUUGGUGUGUCUUCUUACCACCAUCUGAAUCUAGCAAGGUCUUUGAGGACAUCCGCUGCAAGUGUAUCUGUCCCCCAUAUAGGAAUAUCAGUGGACAGAUUUACAAAAACAAUGUAACACAGAAAGACUGCAACUGCCUGCAUGUGGUGGAACCUAUGCCAGUGCCAGGACAUGAUGUGGAGGCUUACUGCCUGCUGUGUGAGUGCAAGUAUGAGGAGCGAAGCACUACUACCAUCAAGAUUAUCAUCAUCAUUUACCUCUCAGUGAUUGGAGCCCUCUUGCUCUACAUGGUCUUUCUCAUGGUGGUUGACCCUCUCAUCCGCAAGCCUAGCGCUUACACCCAACCCCUGCACAAUGAAGAAGAGACUGAGGACACCCAUUCAUUGGCACCUGUCCGUCCUGCAGCCAGCAACAGGGCAAACACAGUGUUGGAGAGAGUUGAAGGGGCCCAGGAGAGAUGGAAACGUCAGGUGCAGGAACAGCGGAAGACUGUGUUUGAUCGGCACAAGAUGCUGAGCUAGACCUCACUGGGAAUUUUCAGGAGUCGAGCACCAGCUGCUGGUUAGCUAGGCAGAGGGUUUCUCUUACCCAAUACAAAACCCAACACCUGUAGUCUAAGUAUUUUGCAUCCUUCCUUCCUUUCUUGUUUGGCUUAUCCGUGCCUCCCCAAUUCCAGGGAACAUGUGACAUUGGAGCAAGUUACUGGCUGUGAUUUCCAAACAUUUUGAAAUUCUAACACCGGAACAUUCCUCUCCCCAAACAUCUCCUGUAUUCACUAUGUUGGUGUGGGUCUUACUGCUUGAUUAAUUUGUGAUCUGUGAAAGUUGGAAAGAUCAAGCUGCAGUGUACCUGCUUAUAUCCAACAAUUUUAAAUAGCAGCAAAAUUUGCUUAGUCCUAUAAUCUAGUUCAACAAUGAAAACAGGACCAUCUAGGGUUUUGUUCAUUUUGUUGUAGCUUUAUAGCUGUCGAUUUUCUCUGAGAUGGAGAUACAUUCGUAAUGGAACUGGAAUUGCAAUUAGAAUCUCUGUUGGAUCUCUUAGCAUUAAACAUACUGUGUGAACUUCACUUCUGUAACAGUGUAAAAGACUUACAAAGAAGUGGUCUAGUUUCACAUAGGGAGGUCUAAUUUGGAAAUUUUGGAUUGAUCAGUCUCAUGAACCCAGAUAAGUAAUUCCUUAAGGGGUUUCUUUCAGGUUAGCUGUAACCAUGCACCAAAGAAGGGCAAAAAAGCAAGCUAGCUGGUUCAGGUGCAAUGCUACACUGUGGCUUAGCAUGAUAUGAUUUGCUGUUGGACAGCUGCUUGCAUGAACACUCUAAGCAAGGAGAAUUGCCAUUCUGCAUGGGGAAUUUUGGUUCUGUAUGUAACAACUACUCUCUGGAUUGUACUGUAAAAGGUCUCUUUUUUAAUAAGAGGAAAAUAAUUACAGAUUUAUGUUUUUAAUAUUUCUCUUAAGAUGCCAGUUCAAAACUGCAUAUUUUUUCACAACGAUAAACAGGUCUGCAGUAACUACCAGCAUAUUAUUUAUAGCCAUAAAAUAAGAGUUGGAAGGUUUCACAAGGACCCACCAGCACUCUUCCAGGCAAAAAUACUUUGCUAAAGCACCCAUAAAAGAUACCCAUCCAACAUCAGUUUAAAGACCUCCAGAGAUGGAGAUUCUACCACACUCCAAAGCAGUCCAGUCCACUGUCAAGCAGCUCUUUGAGUAAAAAAAAAGUGUUUUCUAAUGUUUAUGUGGGAUCUAUAAAAUUUAAGUAGAAUAUCUUCCUUCAAGUAGAAUCAUAGAGUUGGAAGAGACCUCGUGGGCCACCCAGUCCAACCCCCAGCCAAGAAGCAGGAAAAUUGCCUUCCAGCCUCUGUUUAAAAGCCUCCAAAGAAGGAGCCUCCACCUUCUUUGUUGAUAGCCAAGCUAUUUUACUGGGUAGCCAUCUGUCUCAUUUGACUGGGCAACAAACUGUGGCAAUGUCGGAUGGGCAGGAGCUUGGGAGCUGUUCAAAAAAUAACGUUGCCUUUUUCUGACUUCAUAUCACAUUACAUUAUUAGGAUUCAGUGCUCAUUGAAACAUCCGGGGGGAAUGAUAUUCCCCAUCCACAUGUUUCCUUUCCUCAAACCAAAUGUGAUUUACCCAGAUACUUUGUGCCACUAGUGGAAGUAGGAUUGCCAGGCUGGAUAAAAGUCUUGCAACUUUAAUGCUGAACAGACUGAGAAGCAGAACAAUUUACCACAAUAUUCUGCCAAAAUAGCAAAAUAUAGCAAAUUUCCCCUGCUCAGAUUUUCAAUGGCAAUGGUUCUCGCCCUACACAAUUCUUGUCUGCCUGGUGCAGAUUGGAGGAGAGGGAUUGCAAAACUACAGCGAAUAAGAAUAGAACUGGGGUUUCUCUCUCUCUCUCUCUCUCUCUCUCUCUCUCUCUCUCUCUCUCUCUCUCUCUCUCUCCCCCCCCCCCCCCAAUUUCCACCAAAGAACCAAGAGCAGUGUUGAGAGAUAACACCUGAAGAUGAAAGUUCAAACCUGAAAGAUAAGGGAAGGGAGGUAUCUUUGUCCAUUUGGAUAGAAUAUUUACUUCACUCUGCUUCUCAGACUAUUAAGGAUUUAAGUUACAAAACCUUCAUCCUGUCACAAACUGGCAGCCAUAGAUGAAGGAAAAGAGCACUUGUGAGAUGUAAUCUAGAUCAAAAAGACAACCGAAAAAAGAUCUUCAAGAAUGGCCUGUAUUCCUUCUGCAUGAGAAAUAUUUAUGUAUUAAAUGAUCUCUUUUUUAUUUUCUUAAAGGGAUCUCUGGCAGAUUAGGCCAGUCCUUGUUACUAUGCAGUAUCUUUUAAUUAAACCAUGAAACUGGUGUGUUAA